GCAAUAAUGUAUUACUAGCAUGGAUGUUAGCAGCAAGGUCAAGCAGUGGCACGGCUGCUUGACAUGGAACACAUUAGUUACAUCAACCACAAAGUGGUACCGCAUGUCAAAAACGUGGUUCAGUUGGUAAUGAAAAUGAGCACGUUUCAAGAAGUUAGUACCGUGUGUGUAACCGUGUAAGUUGUCGUCUAAAAUGCUAUAAAGGAAAAUUAGAGCAUUUCCGCGACAGGAGCUAACUUAAGUUAAUUAUCAGCGUUACCGGGUAGAAAUGAGUUCCGCUCCAAACCACGGUACCGUUAACGUCACAAAGACAGUGUCCGGCAAACCCGUUUCUGCUGUGUCAAUAGCCGGACAUGUCCAGCAGGUCUUCAGCCAUGUAAAGAUAGAAAACCUGGUCGCAGGACUCAGUGGAGGAGUGGUGUCAACACUGGUUCUUCAUCCUCUGGAUCUGGUCAAAAUCAGGUUUGCAGUAAGUGAUGGAUUGGAACUUAGACCUAAGUACAGUGGCAUACUGCACUGUAUGAAGAGUGUUUGGCAGCAGGAGGGACUCAGAGGACUCUACCAAGGAGUGACACCCAAUAUUUGGGGUGCUGGAGCAUCUUGGGGUCUCUACUUCUUUUUCUACAAUGCAUUCAAAGGGUACACCAAGGAGGGCCGUCAAACUGAACUGAGUGCCACAGAGCACCUGGUGUGUGCAGCCGAAGCAGGCAUCCUGACGCUCACCCUAACCAACCCAAUCUGGGUGACCAAGACCCGGCUGGUGCUCCAGUACAACGCUGACCCAGGCAGUAAACAGUACAAGGGGAUGAUAGAUGCCCUGGUCAAGAUCUACCGCCACGAGGGAGUGCCAGGACUAUAUAAGGGUUUUGUUCCUGGUCUGUUUGGCACAUCUCACGGAGCGCUGCAGUUCAUGGCCUACGAAGAGCUCAAGAGAGGCUACAACAAAUACAGGAAAGUGCCUUCAGAUGCGAAGCUGAGUGCAUUGGAAUAUAUCACAAUGGCAGCAUUAUCCAAAAUCUUUGCCGUGGCCACGACAUACCCAUAUCAGGUGGUGCGAGCUCGCCUGCAAGACCAGCACAAUACAUACAAUGGAGUUCUUGAUGUCAUCAGACGGACAUGGAGGAACGAAGGCGUCAUUGGUUUCUACAAAGGCAUCAUUCCCAACGUGAUUCGUGUCACUCCUGCCUGCUGCAUCACCUUUGUAGUUUAUGAGAAUUUGUCCCGCUACCUUCUGGGUCAAGAUCAAUGAGGCUUAAAGCUAUAGUGCGUAGUUUCUGUCGCCCCCAUGAAGAAUUCUAAGUAAUGACAACAAAACUGCCGGCACGUCCACAUGAUACAAGCCUUCUGUGACCGCGCACCCCCCCUCCUCCACGCAGUUGCUAGUAGCCAAGGAGGACACGGAGGAUUAAAAAAAACAUGAUGGACUCUUCAGAAGAGGUCAUUAUCUUCACUUGAGUUUCUGCGUGCGAAAGUUGCCGGA